AUGGAAAGAAACAAAGUUAAGUUUGAAGAUGCUAAUCUAAAUGUUGGGAAAACUGCUAGAAAUUGUCUAUCUUAUCUUCAUAAGAUGAUUAACGGGAAAAGAUUUCUUAACAUCUCCAACUCCUGUCCAACAAUCAAUUCUGAACAUCCUCAAGUUAUUAGAGUCUACUGGAAAACCCCAAACUCUCCCAUUGUGAAGAUUAAUACAGAUGGAAGCUUUACCAAAAAUGGUGCUGGAGUGGGUGGCAUUUACAAAAAUCAUUUGGGUAAGUGCCUGUUAUAUUUCUACACCCCAGUUAUGGCCACUGAUGCAACUGAGACUGAACUUAUUGUUGUGUAUUGGGCAAUCAUCCUUGCCAUUAAGGCUAAGUGGAAUAAGCUUUGGUUAGAAGUGGAUUCUGCUAUAAUUAUUAACCUCUUGAAUCAUGAGGAAGGAGCUCUCUGGCAUCACUCAUACUGGCUUAAUAAAAUCAAAGAUCAUAGUAGCAAGGUACAAAUUCAGUUCACUUUCAUCUAUUAG